UAAAAAGCGCGAAACCAAAUUGAAGCUGAACCUAAACCAAGCACAAAAACAUAAAUUGUGUACUGUUAUCAAUAAAUGUGUAAAAUCAGUUGAAAGCAUGGGAAUUUUAAAUUUAUCCAAAUUGUUGGCUGAUAUAGCACCCCACGCACUAAAGGAACAUGAAUUAAAAACAUAUUUUGGUCGCAAAGUAGCAAUCGAUGCCUCCAUGUGUCUCUACCAAUUUCUAAUCGCCGUUCGAACAGAAGGGGCCCAGCUGACAUCAGCAGACGGUGAAACCACGUCCCAUCUCCUCGGCACCUUCUACCGAACCAUCCGUUUGAUAGAGAACGGUCUGAAACCAGUGUACGUGUUCGAUGGUAAACCCCCCGAAAUGAAGUCCGGAGAACUCACCAAACGGCAGGAGCGAAGACAAGAGGCCCAGAAGGCGUUAGAGAAAGCCACGGAGGCCGGAGACGCCGCCGAAAUCGACAAGUUCAACAGGAGGAUCGUGCGGGUUACCAAGGCACACGCUGAAGAAGUCAAACGGUUGUUGAAGAUGAUGGGUGUUCCUUACGUAGACGCGCCCUGCGAAGCUGAAGCGCAAUGCGCUGCUUUGGUGAAGGCCGGGAAAGUAUUUGCAGCUGCUACGGAAGAUAUGGAUGCUUUAACAUUUGGCUCAAAGGUUCUUCUCAGACAUCUCACCUUCAGCGAAGCCAGGAAAAUGCCUAUACAAGAAAUCCAUUUAGACAAAGUGUUGGAAGGUCUGGAAUUGAAUCAGGAAGAAUUUAUCGAUCUGUGCAUAUUGUUAGGAUGCGAUUAUACAGAUAGCAUCAGAGGAAUCGGUCCUAAGAGAGGUUUAGAAUUAAUCAGGAAGCACAAGUCCAUUGAGAAUGUAAUAAACACGAUCGACAAAGAGAAAUACCCCAUACCACAGGACUGGAACUUCGCAGAAGCCAGAGAACUGUUUAAAAAUCCCGAAAUUGCUGAAAUAAAUGACCUCGAGCUGAAAUGGGGCGAUCCAGAUGAAGAAGCCAUGGUGAAAUAUCUUUGCGGUGAUAAAAAUUUCAGCGAAGAACGGGUCAGAAAUGGUUGCAAAAAGCUGUUGAAAGCCAAAGGGUCCUCCACUCAGGGCAGAUUGGACGGUUUUUUUAAGGUUCUCUCCACUACGCCGGCUAAAAGGAAAUUGGAAGAUAAAAAGAAUACUCCGAACAAAAAGGGCAAGACCAGUGGCGGACGAGGAAGAGGUAGAGGCCCUAAGUGAAAAUUCCAGUGUCUCGACUACUACAACUCCACUUCAACUACUACACUACCCAAUCUCCUACUAAGCAUCUCAAUUUUUCUUCUUA